AGUCACUUGAUGAUCUGCUAGAUUUAUACAGGGAGCUUGUGAUUACCACGAACAAUCCUCUAUCUGGUAGAUUUAUUGAAGCAAGAGGUGCCACUUUGAGUGAUCAAAAGUAUUAUGCUGGUGACGCUGUUGUUCUGUCUGUUAUCGAAAACGAAUUAGGUGAAAUUUUGGCCAUAUAUUUCACUCAAUGAGUUUACAUACAUAUUAUGCAACAACUUGACAAUACUUGACUUUGACAAUUACUAUCAUUGUUAUAUUGUGAAAGUAGUGAAAGUAACGUCAAGAUAAUGGAUCUUGAUAAUUAUCAUCCAUUAGGAAUAUACCAUCUCCGAAAGUGUAUGUAUGUGCCCCUACAUCACAAAAUUGACUACAUGCACUGUACAGUUGUUUGCCAAGUUAGGUUAUGUUGCACUUAUGUGAAUUAGUUUUAGGUAAAAAAAAGUUAGGUAAUAAAAAUAGUUAUUAUUCUGCUUUCAACAAAUGUGUAUUAUCAAGUUGGUUUUGUUUUCUGUAUACCACCAAAUAAAGUUGAAUUUGCCUAAAUUCUGUAUUUUAUAUUAAUUAAAAAGCCAAAUAAUAAAUUAUUUUAGAAUAUAAGAUUAAAAUGUCUUUCACUGAAGGUAAAAGAUUCAUUGUUGCCUACAGAAAUAUGCAUAAAAUCGUAUCUGUGGCAGCAAGUGAAUCUUUAAAAACCAAUAUAUCUGAAGUUUUUUCAAAUUGUCCUGCUGGCAUGCCCGAUAAUUUCAGUCUUCAGUUCUUUGAUCCUGAAUUUGAAGACUACAUCGAAUUGGAAGAUAGUGUUCACCACAAUGUAAAGAAGUUGGGGGUUAUUGAUUGCAGUGAAGGGAAAAUCAACAACAAAGCCAGUGAUGUUAGUAUGAGUGAGCAAUCUCUGGAGUUUACAAAUAUUGAUGAUAAUGUCGAAUUGCCAACUACAUCUACUCCAAGCAAGUCAUGGCCAAGACCAUUUGUAUUAAAAGAUGUGAUCAUACGACCAAGUAUUUUGGAAACACUCAAUGGAAAAAAUCAAAUCAAUCGUGCUGAAAUGACGGUCAUUCACACAUCCAUAUUUGACGAGCGUACUAAGUCUACCUAUCAUCCAACAUAUUGGCAGUAUGAUGGGAUGCUACAUGCUUUGGUGUUCAAAUAACCACAUUUGCUGGAUUGCUACCCAACUGUGAGAGAUGUCAAGGUAGGUUAAUUCAUAUUUUAAACUACUAUCGAAUGUUAAGGAUACUGGCUAUGUUUCCUAGACAGCAAAAUAAACGUAUAUAGAAAAAUGAUUUCAAAAAUACAGAUAAGUUCCCUAUAAAACUGUUAUUUGAUAUUUUUAGUGGAAAAUGAGGAAAAGUCUUGUUAACUUUUUCAAGAACAUCAGGAAAAGAUUGUGUGGUGAUAUGGCUGAAUGUGUUGCUGCAAAGCAAAAAUCUUUAAAGAGGGGUGAAAAAAAAGAACGAGGUUGCCACGAAAGAAGCAAAUGUGUGGGGCGUGGUUAACUUUUUGCCAGUGGCACCGGAUGGGGGAAGACGAAUGAACGUUGGAGUUGGAUAUAAAAAGAAUGAAGGAACAACAUAAUAUGCGUCCAUAUUCCUGGAAAUCUGUUAUCAAGACGGCAUUGGAUAAAACGUUUGCAAUGAGAAGGAAUGCAAUAAUAUCAAAGGGACGAACAGUUGGUAUAUUGGACGAAUAUCCUGUUUUGGGAGAUCAAAUUAAGGUGUGUAGUGUUUGUUACUAAAACUGUCAUCCCACAAGUAAACACCUCCCUGAUUUAAGCUCUGAUUUUUCAAACAACUUUUCUAGAGUUUUUAUGAAUUUCCAAUCAUAUAUUUUUCAGAAUGUAUGUAAUUUCUCGAUUCAGGUUAUGGAUGAAUUUAAAAGAGUGCAGAAAUUGAUUUACCGCUAUGUUGAAACGAUUACUUCACCUUAAAGAACAAAAUAAUUCUUGGUUUUCAACCUCCUAAGACUUUUAAAUUCGAUCUGUUGAUGGAGGAAAUAAGUAAACAGAGUGAAGAAAGUAGUAAAGGUAAGGUUAAUAUUUUUUUUCUACAACACUCACCGUAAAAUUAAGAAUGUGAAAGAGAUAAAAAAAGAGAAGAUAAAAAGACAAAAAUUUUUGUUUUUACUUUUGUUUUUAAUUUUUUUGCUAAUAAGUCUCAAAAGUAAUUUUCUUUUAAAAGUAUUAAUUAUUAUUCUCAACAUGGUGUGUGAAAACACAUUUGUUCUUUAGCACAUACACGUUUUUUUAUAAGAAACCACUUUAUAAGUAACGGACUAGUCGCCGAAAAAUAGUAAUAUACAUAUUUUAAUUAUUUUUUCAGAAUAUUAUGAUGACUCUCGCUGCAAUACUGUUACCCUCUUUAUUGCGAGAAAAUGUUGACAUGUUGUUUAAAAAUUUUCACAACGAGAAACAUCCACAAAUUUUAUGUGUAGAAAGUGUUGGGAACAUUCUCGAAGCAAUUCAAAGCAACGAAUUCAGCAUUGUAGUAGAGGGCACGGGUUUGCAGAAACUACCGAAUUUUUAUCCGCUAUGAGAAUUUGGUUCUCCACAUAUUAUCUAUUUAAUAUUAGCUAUCCGAAGUGUUUGGAAGCAACUUUAACUUUCCUACAAAAGGAAGUAAUUAAUUUACAACACUCGGCACCAAAUUUAGCGAAAGUAAUAUCUUUGAUUACCAAAAUGAAAAAGUCAUUUUAUUAUUUUCACAUAUGUUUUUUAAAAUGCAACAGAGAUUUAAAAACUAACAACUUUUGAAUAGAUAUUCUCGCAGACGGGAUGAUUGCCUUCCAUACUCCCUUCCGUACUCUCCUUUGGGUGACUUUUCUCGGUCAAACCUUCACAGUAGAAGUACUAAAUGUUUCUACUUAUUUGUAUUUCCACCGUCAAGGGAAAUGUACUGUUUUCUAUUGGAUAAAUAACUUUCAAACCACCGAAUGUUUGAGUUGUGGAUACCAUAGUUUUUGAGUUUUUUUAGUAGAAUUUUGUGAUCUACGGUGUCAAAUGCUUUGCUUAGAUCUAUAAAAAUUCCUAGCAUGUACUUGUUUUCGUCAAACGCUUUUGAUAUUUCAUUAACAAGUUUAACUAUUGCAUAUUCAGUAGAAUGACCUGCUUGAAAGCCAAAUUGAUUGUCGUAUAAAACUUAUUAGCAGUUAGAAAAGAGUAAAAUCUAUUGUACAUUAUGCGUUCUAGUAUUUUUGAGAAACAUGGAAGAACUGAUAUUGGUCUAAAAUUAGAUACAUUUCGCCUGUUUUAUAUACUGGUAGAACUCUUGCAAUUUUAAGUUUUUCAAGAAAAUAUCCUUGCAGUAGG